AUGGAUUGGACAUUCACGUCCACAUCGCUAACGAUGGGUGAUUUCAUUCGAAUGGAGAACUAUUUCAAUGAGGUGGUACAACAGAACUGCUGGAUACAGUUCGAUCACUGGUUUGAUAAUUAUUUCGCCACUCGCAAAGGUCGUCCAACGCCAACAUCGGGGAAAUUCUUCAAAGGAGUGUUAUCGGUGAUAGCGAUUAUCAUCAUAAUUUUAGCACCAAUCCUUUUGUUCGCCUUUCUGAACAGUUUUGGUACGAAAGCACCACCGGAACGAUUGAAGGUCGUUCUGGCCAUUCAAGGAUACCCGGUUUGA